UUGCAUUGACGAGCCAAUUGAUGAGUCGAAGAGGUUCAAACUUGGCAAUCAUUCAAGAGUGUUAUCACGUUUGCUUAGUCCCUUGGAAGUCAAGCUAAUAAUGAAAGCAGAAAAAGAAUGUGCGGCUAAUCAGCUCCGACCGGAGCAGUUGAUUGUUAAUGGAUUUCCGUUGAAGCCUGAUGAGAUGGAAGAACUCUUCGGGUGCCCUUUACUGCCUCAAAAGUUGAAGCCUCGAAGUUAUUGGUAUGACAAGGAAUCUGGACUUUGGGGAAAGGAAGGAGAAAAACCUGACAGAAUUGUGAGCUCAAACCUGAAUUUUACUGGGAAACUUAAUUCGCAUGCAAGCAAUGGAACGACACAGGUCUAUAUUAAUGGCCGAGAGAUAACUAAACUGGAACCCAAAGUGUUGAAGCUUGCAAAUGUGCAAUGUCCUCGUGACACUCACUUUUGGGUAUAUGACGAUGGACGCUAUGAGGAAGAAGGACAAAGCAAUAUUCGGGGUAACAUAUGGGAAAAGGCAUUAACGCGGUUUAUCUGCUCCCUGUUGUCCCUGCCAGUGCCUACUGGUCAGUCCCAUGGACAGAGGGAUGAACCUAGCAAUUAUACUACUGUUACAAAUUAUAUAGAGCAAAAAAGGGUUCAGAAGCUACUUUUACUUGGACUUGAAAGUUCCAGAACAAGCACUAUUUUCAAACAGUUCACUGUUGAAGAAGUUCAAGAUAUCAAGCUGAUGAUUCAAAGCAAUAUGUACAAGUGUCUGAGCAUUCUUCUUGAUGGAAGGGAGCGCUUUGAAGAGGAGGCUUUGUCAAGAAUAGAGGCGGAAGGCGGUGACGUGGAAUCUGCUGAAAGUAACCAAUGCAUCUAUUCCUUGAACCCGAGGUUGAAGCAUUUCUCUGAUUGGCUACUGGACAUCGUUGCUACCGGAGAUUUAGAUGCAUUUUUCCCUGCAGCAACACGUGAAUAUGCUCCUCUGGUUGAAGAGGUGUGGAAGGAUCCUGCUAUACAGGAAACAUACAAGAGAAGAAAUGAGCUUCAUUUCCUUUCAGAUGUAGCAGAUUACUUCUUGAGCAAGGCUGUUGAGCUAUCAAGCAAUGAGUAUGAACCUUCAGAGCGAGAUAUACUGUAUGCUGAAGGAGUUACACAACGUAAUGGAUUGGCUUUUAUGGAGUUCUCCUUGGAUGAUCGUAGCCCAAUGUCUGAAAUCUAUGGAGACAAUCUGGAAUCUUCUGCACCACCUCUGACUAGCGCCACUUUGAGAAAUUUUAUUUCGCACAAUCAGCUAGGGUUUUGCAGCAGCUCUUCUUCUCCACUUUCAGGGUUCUGCUCUGCUGUUCUUAGUCCGUUUUUAUUUGCCUUAGUGAUGGAUGGAUUGACACGGCAAAUUCAAGGUGAGGUGCCAUGGUGUAUGCUUUUCGCGAACGACAUAGUCCUGAUUGACGAGACUCGUAGCGGAGUUAACGCUAAGCUGGAGUGUUGGAGACAUACUCUGGAGUCAAAAGGGUUUACGCUGAGUAGGACCAAGACAGAGUACUUGGAGUGUAAGUUCAGUGAAGCAACUCAGGAGGCUGACUUGGAAGUAAGGCUUGGUACCCAGGCCAUCCAGAAGAAAAGUAGUUUCAAGUACCUUGGGUCUAUUGUGCAAGGCAGCGGGGAGAUUGACGAUGAUGUCACACAUCGUAUUGGGGCAGGGUGGAUGAAAUGGAGGCUUGCUUCCGGAGUGCUAUGUGACAAAAAGGUGCCACCAAAACUUAAGGGCAAGUUCUACAAAGUGGUGGUUAGACCGACUAUGCUGUAUGGGGUGGAGUGUUGGCCAGUUAAGAUCUCUCACGUUCAAAAGAUGAAAUUUGCCGAGAUGAGAAUGUUGAGAUGGAUGUGUGGCCACACCAGGAGUGACAGGAUUAGGAAUGAGGAUAUUCGGGAUAAGGUGGGGGUGGCCUCGGUGGAAGACAAGAUGCGAGAAGCGAGAAGCGAGAUUGAGAUGGUUUGGGCAUGUGAAGAGGAGAGAUACAUAUGCCCCAGUGCGGAGGUGUGAGAGGUUGGCCAUGGAUGGUUUCAGACAAGGUAGGGGUAGGCCGAAGAAGUAUUGGGGAGAGGUAAUUAGACACGACAUGGCGCAAGUUACAGCUUACCGAGGACAUGACCUUAGAUAGGAGGGUUUGGAGGACCCAAAUUAGGGUAGAAGGCUAGUAGAUAGUCUCGUUAUAUGUUCUUAUUAGUAGUUGCAUUAUUGCAAUAUAAUUUCUUAUGCUUCGAUUUCUGCUAUUAUCUGAUAUUUCCUGUGCUUUGGUUAUCCUGUGUCAUCUGCUCCGAUUUCUGCUAUUAUCGGUUAUUUUCUGUGCUCUGAUUAUCCUAUAUUAUCUGUGUCGCUUGCAUUAUUUCAUUUCCAUAUCGCUUUAAAUCUCUUAUCCGAAUCUCUUAACCUUAUCUAACCUUAUCUGACUUCUUUUUAUGCUUUUAUUGAGCCGGGGGUCUUUCGGAAACAGCCGUCCUACCUUGGUAGGAGUCAGGUUUGCGUACACUCUACCCUCCCCAGACCCUACGAUGUGGGAUUUCACUGGGUUGUUGUUGUUGUUGCUCUGCUUUUCUUCUUUCUUUCUUUCUUCUUCUGUUUCUUCUACUUCUUUCAAGCUCUGUUUUUUUCUUCACAUUUGUUCUGUUU